CUGGCUAGGUAUUGCUAUCUCUAUAUUUACUGCGAGCCACGGACAUGCGAAGAUUCUCACUAUUGAGACGACGGCUAGGCAGGGUUAUACGAUGUUAUGCUCUGUGCCGUGCCUAAUGACGCAAAGGUGGUGCUCCGUGGUGUCCGUGAAGGAAGAAACCCUCAGCGGCCACUACGGCUCAGCGUUACCCUCAACAGUCAGGCGUGCAAUCUCCCGCCCCGUCACCAACAUCUCCCCAAGCGAAAGCUCCAAGACACCUCCGCAUCCACAUGGUUCAAUGCGUGGAGAGAAACCGCUGGGCCGUUGCUGUUUCUCGCAGAAGGUUCUUGUAACUCUUACCUAAGACACAGAGAGUCAUGUACAUCAGGCUGCAGAAUGGUUUGCCGGUUACGAUCCCGCCCGUGUCCUGACAAUCCCGCUCUGCCAUCGCGAUGCAAGUGUCAGGUCUUGCAGCCUUCUCCACUAUGAUGGAAGCCCAGCGUGACGGCCUGGUCGUCCAUGCUACGGCUUAUCACAGUGGAAGCGGACCACGCUCGAGUCCUUGCUGCUUGCACUCGGCAUUGGCGCAAAGGAAGCACCGCAUGGGAACCGAUAUUGAUGCCACCAAGUACAACAUUUGUGUAACUGCUACGAACCCAGCACACACCGCUUCGGCUGCACCAACCCGCGAGAGGCAAUGCACUACCCACGAAUUCGGUUC